AUGAUCAGGAAACCCCUGCAACGGCGCAACCCGACAGCCUUGGCUAAGACUCGUGAAAAGGAAGGUCGUGCUCAAGCAGAGCGUCAAAAGCAGCCAUUCUACAAUCCGUCCGAGUUUAAAGAUCGAGAGCUCCCUUUGGUAUACAAGCCCAAGGUGAUUAAGCAAUUGGGAGAUCACUGCUAUAUUUUCCACUGUACCGUCAAGGGCAACACGGGGAAUCGAUUCAACAAGAACAUGAUUGUGUUGGUGGAUCGGAAUGCCAAUGCCGAUAUGAGUCCCGAACAACAAGCACGAGGUGUCUUGACGCUGAUCAAUCCACUCCGGUUGUCUCCAGAAGGCGAAGCCAAAUUACUCGAGUUGGGUGUCUUGACCAAUUUGAUCCGUUUGGGACCCUCCGAACAUGCCGCCUUUGAAGACAACUACUACUUGACCAAAUUUCCAGACAUUCAGCGAUGGGCACCGGGUCCCUUUGCAUCGUGUCCGAAUCUGCCGUUGGAUCAAGUGCUCUACGACACGACACCCACUCGAAAACUCAAAUUGGAUGCUCCCAUUUCUCCCGUCUCUCCACAUCCCGACAUUCAAGUAUUCGUCUUUGAAGAAACAGUACAACCCGAAGCACUCUUGGUCCUCAGUUCCAAACGAGCAUUGAUUGCCGGAGAAUGUCUCCAAUACCAACUCGACAAUCCCUACGUCAAUGACAGUGUCCGAACACAGUAUCACGAACCACUCGGACUCCUCGAUGCCCGCAUUGUCAUGUCGGAACAUUGGAUUCACAUGCAAUCUGUUGUGAGCACCAAUUCCAAAAAACUCAGUCAUUCCUUCAAAUCGCGCGCCCAACGCAACAAAACAUUCUUUUCCAACAGUGGAAAGUUCAAAUUGCGAAAUGAUUUUGUGCGACUCUUGAAAUUGGAACUGGCACGGUUCAUUAGUUCCAGUGGAAAUUCCACGCUACAAGAUGAUGCCGUCAAGGACGAUAUUACCGCCGCCAUGGAACGGGCUUGUCAAUUGGUAUAG